CUUCUGCCUGGAAGCCCCCUUUCUCCAAAUCCUAAAAAUGCCAACAUUUCCAUAACUAUGUCUAACAUAAUGCUCAGGGAAAUCAUCACCCUCAGUGCCAAGCAGAGCUCCAUCCAGAUGAAUAACCUGAAUGCGUACAUCACCAGAGUAUUCUAUGCCAGCCUGCCAGACAACCAAGUCCAAGCCAUCUUCUGGGUCAACGUGGAUAAGGAUGGUGAGAGCUUUGCCCAAGGGCAAACGAAGAUGCUCGUCUCCUAUGAGUGCAAGAUUUUAAACGGCAAAUUGGUAUCAGACAUCAGGAUUGUAAGAUUUGAACACAGCAUGAAACCCCCUGAGGCUAUGGACGAGCUAAGAGAUGUGAUGUCUGCAGUUAUGAAGAAAUUUAUAUCUACCAUUACUGAAGUUUCCAGUCAAUGGAAUAUUCCACCAGAAAUAUCCUCAAAUCUGCUAAACAAUGCCAAGGCUGAACUACUUAAAUCGAGAGACCUUCAGGCGGCAAACUAAACCAGGCACAUGGGAUACUAAAGAAUUUCCAAGAAUGAAAGCACUUUGAAACUUCUCUUAUGGAGUCAAGGACUUCCUUGUGAUUAAGGAGCCAAGUUCAAUAGUGUUCUGAACAUGUCAACUAUUCUUUGGAACCAGUGUCACCUUGAAUGAACACGUGCAAGAAAAUCAAGAAUAGGGUUUCGGGUAUUUUGUAAUCAUCUCUUUAAUAAUUAUCUUGUUUUCAUGCAGAAAAAUGACUCACUUGUCUUCAAUUCCUACAAAUGGGAGUUUUGUAGUGUGUUC